CCUCAACACACGUACAGAACCUGGCCUUACUUCUGAAGCGGUGGCCUUUGGGAACGAAAGUUUUAAAAGAAACCGACCCUUCUGACUCCCAUACCCAGCCAUACUCAGAAAACCAACCAGGAAACUGAGAACCUGAGUCCUCAGAGGUUCCUGGUGUUGCGUCCUAAUCUAAGACUUCUAAACUGAAAGAAGACUCAAGCUGAGACCUGUCCGCUGUUUCUGAAGGGCACAAAUCAGAAAGCACCAUGCCUCCUAAUAAAGAGGCCAGCAGUCUUAAUAGCUCACCAGCGGGGCUCAUCUGCCUCCCUCCAAUCUCUGAGGAGCUACAGCUUGUGUGGACCCAAGCAGCCCAGACCAGUGAGCUAGAUGGCAAUGAGCACCUGCUACAAACCUUCAGCUACUUUCCCUAUCCCAGCCUAGCAGACAUUGCCCUUCUCUGCCUCCGUUAUGGGCUGCAGAUGGAGAAAGUAAAGACUUGGUUCAUGGCCCAGCGCCUCCGCUGUGGCAUUAGCUGGUCAUCUGAAGAAAUAGAAGAGACUCGAGCCCGAGUGGUCUACCAUCGGGACCAACUCCAUUUCAAAUCCCUUCUCUCUUUUACUCAUCAUGCAGGGCGGCCCCCAGAGGAGGUGCCUCCUUCUCCAAUGCCACCUCCAGAACAAGUUGGUCUUGGAAUAGGUCCUCUGUCUCCUAACGAGCCCACUCAGAUGAAAGGAUUGAAGGUAGAACCUGAGGAGUCCUCUCAGUUACCACCACUGCCACCAAGUCACCAGAAAGCAAAAGAGCCCCUGAUGACACCUCGCAGUGGAGCAUUCUCCCACCAAUCAGAUUUUUGGCAAGAUCUUCAAAGCAGUAGCCUCCCUAAGGAGCAGGCAGGAAGUGGUCUCAACCAGUCACAUGACAUAGGCACAGCUUCCUGGAACCAUUCUGCAGCUGUCCACCAGCCACGUGCUCGGGAUAAGCCCCCACCAGUCUCAUUACUAGCCAGUAGUUGUAAGGAGGAGUCAGCAUCUAGUAUGACUCCUUCGUCUUCCUCUACCUCUUCUUCCUCUUCCCAGGUACUGGCUAAUGGAGCUACUGCCACCUCUAAACACCCCCAGCCACUGGGCCAUAACCCACAGUCACUGUCACCCAGUGAACAGGCACUACCCACACAUGUGGAGCCAGCCAGGCCCCAUGGGCUACGGCAUAACUCAGCAUCAGGCAGGGUUGGCCCCAUGGAGUACCUUUCCUCAGAUACGCAACGCCAGCGAAAGACCAAGCGCAAAACCAAAGAGCAGCUGGCUAUCCUCAAAUCCUUUUUUUUACAGUGCCAAUGGGCACGGCGUGAGGAUUACCAUAAAUUAGAACAGAUCACUGGUUUACCUCGGCCUGAGAUCAUUCAGUGGUUUGGUGACACACGCUAUGCCUUGAAGCACGGGCAACUAAAAUGGUUUCGGGACAAUGCAGUACCUGGUGCCCCUAGUUUCCAGGACCCAGCAAUUCCCACACCACCACCACCAUCAACCCGCUCCUUGAAUGAAUGGGCUGAGAUACAAUCUCUGCCAAACCCCCCACCCCCACCAGAUAUACAACCCUUGGAGAGGUACUGGGCAACCCACCAACAGCUACGGGAAACUGAUAUCCCUCAACUGAGUAAGGCUUCAAGGCUUAGCACCCAGCAGGUACUGCACUGGUUUGACUCUCGAUUACCUGAGCCAGCUGAAGUAGUAGUUUGUCUAGAUGAAGAAGAGGAAGAGGAGGAGGAAGAACUGCCAGAAGAUGAGGAAGAAGAGGAGGAGGAGGAAGAUGAUGAUGAUGAUGAUGAUGUGAUCAUACAGGACUGAGUGGGGGGCUAUGGUAGGGGAGGUCUGUUUCUAAAAGAUAAACCAACUUAGUAACUUUAAACAAAAAAACCCAUUUUUAAAAUUACCUUGUGACAAAGAACUAAAAAGCUUUGUAUUCUUCAGGGUGGGUGACGAGGGGAUGUAGUGAGGGUGGACCAGGGAAGAUGACCAUAGGACAUGAAGGUUGGGAUCAGACUGACAGAAAUCCAGGUCCCUCACUUCAAUGUAGAGAGUGCUAAGGAUCUGGGCAAACUAAGGGCUGAGAAACAGCUCUUGCUCUCCUCAUGUCUACUGUUCUUUUCCCUUAGUGUACUAUAGAGGUGCCAGAUGUUGGCACCACAUCUAUAGGAAGACUGGGAAGGAGUAGUAAAGAAUUCUGAUUCAACUGAUGAUUCCAGUGCAUCCCCAAUCCCACCGUUUUCCCUGGAAUAUAAGGCAGCCUUGCACCCCUUCUUUUCUCUCUGAGCAUGAGUCUGAGUAUAAUGCAGCUAAGACUCUGUAUGUCCCAGUUUUGUCACAAAUACUUCCUCGUACCAGGUUGAUUUUAUGUGUUUCACCUGCAUCAUUAUUGAAUGACAGGUAGCAGAAUGUUUUCAUUUCUGAUACUGGGACCACUUUGCUGUGUACCAUUUUAUCUCUUUCCAAAAUCCCCACUCUGUUCACUAUCUGUCUCAGGGUAAAUUUUCCCCACAGAGCUAGAGAAAAAGUUUAAUAAUUGGGUGGAGAACAAUUUAGACUGGAUAUUUAUUGGAGGUGGGAUUUAGGGGAGACAUUAAAAUAGGAUUAUGUUACAGAGAGAUGGAGGAGAGGAAAUGGUUUCUUCUGAUCAAAGCACAGUGGAGGCAGGUGCCAGGUUUGGUUUUACAAACCUGAUACUACCUCCUGUCCAGCCUGACAGAGACUGAUUUUCUAUCUUUUUGGUGUUGGUUCAAUUUGUGUUCAGAAAAGAGACUUUUCCCUCUCUAUACGAUCUGUCUUGGUCUUUAAUUGAAUUAAAUAUUGAUGUUUUAGAAUGGUUUUCAUCAGUUGGGAUCAAAUAUACAGCAAAUAGAUAUCAAUGGGUUAACCAUCUAAAAGAGUGGAAGUCCCAAAUUGCUAGAAUAAUAAUAAAAAGGCCAAAAAUAAAAUCAUUUCUCUCUUC